UACUACAAUGCAGGCCGACACCAAGAAAAAAUACGGAACUUUUGGAAAACGUGUGAUAAAUCCAAAGGAUCUGAUAGAAUUAUUCCGUGGUGAGAAAGAAGAGAAAAAGGAUAAAGCAGCACAUAUCAUUCAAAAAACCUGGAAAAGAUGGCUGGAUAUGGGUGUAUUUGAAUACUAUAAAGAGCUUAUAGGCUUUAAGCAAUAUGGGGAACCUUCCCAUCUUAUGAAGUACAUUGAGCCUAGAGAGGCAGAAUUUUUAGAUGCUGCAGCAGGAGUUCAUAUUAAAUUCAGACUAGGUGGGGACAAGUUUCCUCCCAGCAUAUACUAUAAAAUAUUUACUCAUAGACCUAUUGUGGAUUUGUGUGCAAAUAGCCCCAAAGACUAUGCGAAGAUUGCAACCAAACCAAAUCCAAAGAAGUUGCAGAAAGGGACCGUCAGUGAAAGUACUAGUGACUGGUAUAAACGCAUCGAGAAUAAUGGCUGGAGACUUCUUUCCAUUCGAUACUGGAAGGGUGUGGACGCUUUAACAACGAAAGACAAUACCAAAACACAGGAAUUCCAUCAUUCUCCUCAGCAGAGGAAACGAAACAUGGAAAAAAGAAGAAAGACAAGAAAAAUUGAAUGGCUGAAGAAAAUGUACUUUGGAGAAAAUCUUCAAGUUAAAACAGAGAAUCCGGAGGCAAUUGCUUUAAUUCAGAGAGCAACCGAAGGUCUAAUCAAGUCCCUGGAGAAGGAAGGAAUAGAUCAAGUGAUGGAAUGGGAAGUAGAUGAGAUGUUAAAGUGGACAAAUGCGUUGAAUUAUGACGAAUAUGUUAAACUAUGGAAAGAAGUUGGAACAAGCAAGACUUCAGAAAGUUUUCAAGCUUUCCAGUUUACUCAGCAAUACUACAACGUUUCUGAAUUGAUACCAAAGAACAUCCAAGAACUAAUGCAAUCUCAGUAUAGACCAAAAGAGAGACCUAUUAUCAACUCACUUUAAUAGUUGCAGAAGCAAAAAAAUCACACAUCUGACACCUGAACAUUCAUCAGUCAUAACAGUGUCAACAUAAAACUUCACGAGACAAAACUAGAAACUCCGUAUAAAAAGAUGGAAUCUAUGCAUUUGUCAAGUUAAUGUGCCUUAACAUGUUAACAUAAAAUGUAAUGAAUGUAAAGAAAUUUGAAAUUAAAUUUAGUUUCCUAAUGAACUUACUUUGUGAUAGAUGACAUAUGUCUGUUGUAAUACACAGAAUUAGUAGUAUUUCUUAAUUCUUCAAUUUUAUUUUUAAUCAUUAAUUAUUUUGAUUCUGACAAACUUAAGGUAUUACAUAUAAGUAAGCAAAGAUAUGGAAAUGACCCAAUCACAUAUUAUUGUUCAGGUAGUGAUGACAGGAGAAGGUCCCUACUGAGGUUUGGCAUCAAUCUAUAAACAACCUGAGCAACCACGUGUUUCUGUGUUUAGCCAUUACCAGAGCAAUCAUAGUUGGAAUGUUAGUUAAACGGUCAGGGGCUUCCAAAGUGAAUGAACAUUUUCUCAUUCAUAGAGGAGUGGAAAAGGGAUUGUGAAAAUUUUGAGUUUAAAGGAGGUGCUGGCAGACAUUAGAAGUAGAUAAGUAGGUGAAAAUAAAAACAUAUGGACUAUGCGGUAGAAAGUCUUGUUCUAGCCUGAGUUCAUUUCUUGACCAUAUCUUGAUCAGGUAACCUUCUCUGGCAAAAAACUCCUAUGGAUUCUCAAAAAAUGUACUGUAUUGCACAUAUGUAUGAAUGUAUGUAUUCUGUAUUUUUGUUUGCCUUACAAUUGAGACAAUUACCCAUGCAACUGUGAAAGUUAUAAAGACGUUUGCUCUUCAUAGAAAUGUUUCAAAAUAUAAAGCACUAGCCGAUUACCCGGUGUUGCCCAGGUGUUUAUUUAUCCCAAUCCU